AUGAGCUUCCGUGCGGGUGCGCUUCUGGAGCCACUCGCAGUUGUGAUGCACGCUAUUGCGUCUUGUUCCGGACAGAUCGCUCUGGGGAGGCCGGUGCAUAUCUGUGGUGCUGGCCCCAUUGGAUUACUCGCGCUGAAGGCUGCCAGAGCAAGCGGAGCAUGGCCACUGAGCAUAAGCGACAUCGACCCUGCGAGACUGAGUUUUGCAGAGAAAUUUGUCCCUGGCUGCCGUACAUGGCAUGUGUCAGGGGCUGGCCCCAUAGCCGAUGCUGAAAGCGUGAGGACUCUCCUUGGCUGCAAAGGCGACAGAAACGUCGAGAAAGGAUUGCCCGACUCGGACGAGUAUUUCGCACCUCACGUCGUACUGGAGUGUACUGGAGUUGAGAGCAGUGUCGCUACUGCUGCGUAUGCUUGCCGAAGAGGGGGAACCGUUGUGGUCGUGGGCGUUGGCAAGGACAGGAUGGACAAUCUGCCCUUCAUGCAUCUCAGUCUGAGUGAGAUCCAGCUGCGUUUCAUCAACAGAUACAAAGAUAUGUGGCCUGCUGCGAUAAAUUUGCUGGGAGAAGGACAAGUUAUCAACCUGGACGACCUUGUCAGCCAUCAAUUUGAUCUGAGCCAGGCCAUCGAAGCCAUGGAAACUUGCGCCGAUAGGGCAUCAAAGAGCAUCAAAAUCCACGUAGUAGAUGAUGUUGAAGUGUCACUUGGGUCAGCGUAG